CGAAAAUAAUCCCGGUUUGAUUCAUAUGUUUGGAUUCGUUGAUCUGACGGUCAGUUGAUAACAUGUUGCCAGAGAAGCUGGUCUUUGAAACGCCAUGCAAGCAAGGUGCUUUGCGAGCUGUUAGAUUCAAUUGUGAUGGAAACUACUGUUUGACAUGUGGGAGUGACAAAUCAGUAAAGUUGUGGAAUCCCCACAGGAAUCUACUGUUAAAAACUUACCAAGUACAUGCUUAUGAGGUUCUUGACGCCCAGGCUUCCAGUGAUAACAGCCAGAUCUGUUCCUGUGGCAUGGACAAAUAUGUGUGUGUUACAGACGUGGCCACUGGAAAGUCACUCAGAAAGUACAGAGGACAUGCAAGUACUGUUAAUUGUGUAAAAUAUAAUGAAGAAUCCUCUGUGAUAUUGUCUGGAUCAACAGACAACUCUGUCAGGAUUUGGGACUGUAAAAGCAGAAAACUGGAACCCCUUCAGAUUUUGGAUGAAGCCAAGGACAGUGUGACCUCUAUACAAGUGUCUGACCACGAGAUUCUGACAGGCUCUGCUGAUGGUUACUUCAGACGGUACGACCUCAGGACGGGAAAAAUGCAUGCGGACUUCUUAGGAAAAGCUGUUUCUUCGGUGAGCUUUACAAAGGAUGGACAGUGUGUUCUAGCAAGCACCUUGGAUGACACCAUAAAACUGAUGGAUAAAGAGACAGGGGAAAUGUUAAAUGAGUUUACAGGCCACAAAAAUCACAACUAUAAGAUAGACAGCACACUGAAUUGUCAGGACACUCAUGUUAUAAGUGGAUCAGAAGACGGCAAGGUGUACUACUGGGACCUAGUGGAGUGGGUGCCGAAUAGGAUAUGGUCAUCCGAUAUGUACCUGAAUGGUGGGAAACUUGGAGAGAGACAUAAACAGUGGGAUGUAAAUAACAAAUUCAAGUUUAAGAAGUCUCCUAAGAAUGCGACAGUAGAGGAGGAUCAGAGACAUGCCUUCCACUGCAGCAUAAAGCGGUCCACAGGCUGUAAGAGAAAACAUGUCAAGGUCAAGUGGUACCACAAUGGCAUCAAGCUCAAGAAGAGGGGAAGGAGUACCAAUUUCCGAUUAAAGAGUUCCGGAGCUGUACUUCUCUUUAACAACAUCAAGGUUGAAAAUCGUGGGGAGUACUACUGCAUCGUCAACUGUGGGUGCUGCAAUGGUACCACAGGCAGGGCCAAGUCAGAAAAGGCAUACCUCAAAGUGGAAGUUCCUGUAAGGUUUACGGAGAAGCACCCUAUAAGUCGCUAUGUGCAGUAUGGGGUCCGUCUACAACUAGAGUGUAAGUUAGAGGGGAUCCCUGCGCCCGAGUUAGAAUGGCUGGAUAAAAAUGACACAGUGCUGAAUUCCUUAGAAACCAGUGGUCUGACAAUCACCUUUGCCAGGCCUCAAAAGGGAUUCCUGGUUCAGCGCAACUCUACACUGCGCAUUCAGGCAGUCACCACUAAUCUGACCUUCAAAUGUCGGGGCAGGAACCACCUGACCAGUGGUCCACACACGAUCACAAGAGAGGCCCAAGUGGUGGUUGUUACACCACAAAACCAUAACAGAGUGAGUCCAGCCCCAACUAGGCCCCGUGGAACCUGUGCCCCUUACAAUGGAACAAUCUGUAAGGAUGUCCUGCAGAAUGGUGUGGUAUUCUUCAAUGCUUCAUACGGUAAUCCGUCUGUGGAUCAGGAGUCUCAGGUCCGCGAGCUGAUAAAGGGAGUCCUAUCCUCCAUUGUCAGGAAACCCGCCUGUAAGGACGCCGCCCUCAAGGUCUUCUGUCACUUCGCUUUUCCUGGAUGUCAGGAAGAAGCAGGGAAGAUAGAGCCCAUUCAUCUGUGCAAGGAGAGCUGUUUAGCUGUAAAGGACCUGCUGUGCUUCGACCAAUGGAACGAAAUGAGUGCGACUAGAAAAAGUCCAACUCCUCUCCCAGACUGUAAGCUAUUGGUCGGCAAAUAUGACAAUGGCUCACAGUGUAUUGAUGGAAAAAUAUUUCACAAAGACCCAAGUCAGGUUACAAAUAAGUGCUAUGUAGGAACAGGCCAGUGGUACAAUGGGACGGUCAAUGUUACCAAGUCCGGGACGGCCUGUCAGCCGUGGGACAGCCAGCAUCCUCACUCCCAUCUCCGUCCCCCGUCAGUGUUCCCCAGCCUACAGGGAGCAGAAAACUACUGCCGAAACCCAGGAUCAGAGGAGGACAAGCCUUGGUGCUAUACAGUCGACAAACUGCAGAGAUGGGAACUCUGCGAUAUCCCCAAAUGUCAUGAAGAGGUCAUACCUCAGGCUACACUGCCGGAAACUCAGAACUACACAGUUGCCAUCAUCAUCAUCAUCAUUGUUAUAGCACUGGUCGUCUUUGUCUCUAUCCUCAUGGCUGUUCUCUGUUGUCAAAUCUCCAGGCAACGGAAACAGGUUAAGUAUAACAGCACCCCACAGGAUGACCUUGACAUUGACAUCGGCAAACUGCCCCAAAAUUCUUGUUACCAUAAACUGUCAGAGUGUUCUAAAAUUAACCCUAAACUUCAAAAUAUGGAGUACCCGAGAAAUGAUAUUGUGUACAUCAGGGAUAUUGGACAGGGGGCCUUUGGUAGAGUGUUCAAAGCUAAAGCACCCAAUAUCAUCAACAACCAAUCAGAAUCCUUGAUUGCAGUGAAAAUGUUGAAAGAAGAUGCUUCGGAGGAGUUGCUGCAAGAUUUUCAGCGAGAGGCAUCAUUGAUGGUAGAGUUUGACCAUCCAAAUAUAGUGAAACUGUUGGGAGUUUGUGCAAUUGGUAAUCCAAUGUGUUUACUAUUUGAAUAUAUGAAAAAGGGGGACUUGAAUGAAUUUCUCCGUCUCAACAGCUGUGACAAUUACAUUAUAAGGCGGCACAGCAUGGACAUCUAUUCUGAGCAGAAGCCUUCAUUAAAUACUUCUGAUCAGUUAUAUAUUGCAAAACAGAUAGCUUGUGGGAUGGUGUAUCUGUCAGAAAAGGGCUAUGUGCACCGUGACUUGGCAACCAGAAAUUGUUUGGUGGGAGAUGAUCUGGAAGUGAAAAUUUCAGACUUUGGACUGGCAAGAAGCAUCCAUUCAUUAGAGUAUUAUCGUGGAAGUGAACAUGAUGCCAUACCAAUUCGAUGGAUGCCUCCAGAAUCUAUUCUUUACAAUAAAUUUGCAGUUCAUUCAGAUGUGUGGUCUUUUGGUGUUCUGCUUUGGGAACUUUUUUCCUUUGCUCUUCAGCCUUAUUAUGGCAUGACACAUGAAGAGGUGGUUCAGUUUGUAAAAGAUGGAAAGGUGCUAGCUUGUCCUGAAAAUACCCCCAAACAAGUGUAUGACUUAAUGAAAAUGUGCUGGAACUCCAAACCUGUUUCUCGGCCCUCAUUCCAGACUCUGCUCAAGUCUCUCAACUCACUCUAUGAAGAUUACCAAAGAAAAAAAGUGUUGAGUGAACUUGUUUAGCAUUCCAGAAGAAUGCCAACACAAACUUUGUAUCUUGGUAUGAAUACAGGCAGCAUUUUCUCUUCCAUUUAAACAAAUUGAGUGAUUGUGGACAUGGUGUACCAUUAAUUAUACUGCCAAAGUCUCAUCUCUCAGCGUACCUGUCAUAAUCAGAGGGGGGGAUGAUGCUUUCAUUUCUUCCACCUGCUGUGAUUAGCUCAGUGAUUCGUUGAUGUAUCAGGGGCCAAUACUCUUUGUUUUAAGAUACCAUUUUUCUAAGGGACAUCAUACGAGUCCUGUAAACUGUAUAUACCUGAUGAAAAGAAACCAAACUUUGUGCCAAUUAUUUACAAAUGUUUCAAAGAUAUGUGUUACUUUAUAUUGGAUGUAGUAAUCUAAUAUGUAACAUGUAUAUAAACAUGAGAGUACUUCAUUUGAAAGUAGUAUAGUUUAUGCAUUGCAUGUAAAACUAAUGUACAUACAGAAAAAAACAUUUUUAAUGUUAGGCUGUGUGUUGUAAUACAUCUUGAGAGCUCUUCUCCUUGAUUCGUGUGCUUACACCAUAUUUAUGAUAUUUUUUACUCUUGAUUUAUAUUAAGAUACACCUCUCAGCUGCUGAAAUGUCGGAUCCCCUGGUAUUGCUGGCAGCCUGGGUGCUGCCUUAUCUUUGUCCCUUUAUCUGAGCUGCCGCUGCUACUGAUGUUGGAGGGAUUUUGGAGCGACUCCUAUCUGAUUACUGCGACUCGCGGCAAGCAGGGUUUAAGGAUCAAAUUUCUGAUAAGAUGAAAUAAGGCUAUUUCUUUAUAUCCAGUAUUAAUUCCGACAUAUCUUUGAAAGAUCUUAUGUUCUGGGUUAUCAUUUUAUUUAAUUUUUAAUUUAGGUCAAAAAUAAAUGCUAGUGCGGAUAAGGUUAUUUGUGACUGAAUUUUUUGUAGUCGAAAUAAAUUAUCCUUACUCUGAGAAACUAGUCAUAUAUAAAGUUAUGUACGUUAACUGUACAUAGGUGUGAUUAUUAAUUGUUUACAAUGGCACUUCUUUUAUUUAAAAUUAUAUUUUUGUGUU